UGUAACCUCCUUCAUGUUUUUAUCUCACUGACGGGUCUCCUUCUCUCUUGGUCUAAUGGCAGAUUUCAAUUUUAGACCUGAGUGGACUUGUUUUAUGUUUAUUUUUUUUUAAGUUUUAUUCUAUAACAUUUUGAAGAUCGAGUUGGGCAAUCAAAACAAGUCACAGGAAGUUUAGAGCAGACCACACUCCUAUAAUCAGUCUCAGCUCAUUCCUUAUGCAGUCGAUAUUUUAGACUGAGGACUACUGCUAAAAAAAAAAAAAAAAAAAAAGCUCUUGAAACAGAUGUUGGCUCUAUUUCAAACCACAAUUUGGGUCUGGAUAUUUUUUUUUCUUGAUCUGUGCUUGAAAACUGUACGCGGUGCUGUAUUUUCCACAUUACAUCUCAUUCUCUGUUAUAAGCCAACUUCAUCCAAAUAGACGUGUAACAGUAGUUUUCGGUAUUCAAGAAAAUGUGAAAUGAGGGAAUAUUUAUGAGAAUCAAGCAAUGAGAAGGCGUGUCCAAACAUGUGACUGGUGGUGGAAUAUUUUAAAAGUUUCAGAGAAAAUUGUGCAGCGUAGAACGCCAAUGGGAAACAUGUUUAACACGUUUUACAACAUUUUUUCACAAUUGUCCACAUCUGAACAGAUUAAAAAUCUGAGUAUCAGUUGGCAAAUCUCAAGUAUUUCUUCUCUUCCCUGAGGGUCACAAGAGAAGCUUCAACGCUGCAUACCUCUGUCACAGCAGCCCUAUAAUCAGGCCUGUUUCUGGAAAUGCCAAAACACACACUUUACUAAAAAAUCCUGUUCUCUUAGACUGUCCUAGAGUCAGGACUGUCAAUUAUGAUCAGGUCAAUACCUACAGAAACGGAAGAAACAGAGGAAAGUCCUACAGAUGCCGUCCCACAAUGGAGAACCGUGUCUGACCCGAAACAAGCCAGCCAGCUAUUUUCACAAGAGCUUCUCCACAGGCACAAAGAUUCAAGGAGUCUGUUUCUGUGUGUGGACGUCAGACAAGACAAGGAGGAGCAAGACCGAGCUUUGGUCGCAUUCUACAGCAGAGAAGGCGUUCGGUGGGCGUCGCCGCUUCGCUGCAAACUUCUGGGUGACGAUGCCGCAGGAAGUGGGGUCGAACGGCACAUGAUGUCAACGGUGAUUUUCAAGGUUAUAAGUGGAUUCCAUAUAAACUUAGGAAGCGCAGCAAUCACCAAAAUCUUCGAGGGCGAGUCCGAUCACCUCAUCCCGUCAGUUUCAGAACAGCUCUUAAGCAAAAACAUGUUCGGCGUAGCGGGCCGAAUGGUCGGCCAUUCCUUCUUACAUCAUGGCCCCUGUUUCCCAGGACUCAGUCCGGCUGUAAUCCACAUUUUAUUUGGAGGUUCAUUGGAGUCCACGCCUGUGACCAUAAGGGACUGCCCCGACCUCGACAUCCGCGACGCUGUGAAAAUGCUUGAUGGAGAAGGCGAAUUAAAAGAGUGUGACUCCAUCCAUCAGCUCUGCCUGUCGUGGAAUCUGCCAGCACCAAAUGCCACCAACAGGAAAUGGCUGUCUGAAAAGCUCCUGUUACAUGCCGUCAUUGGGCAGACGACGCGUCAAAUCAAUCAAUUCCGAAAAGGCUUACAGGACACGGAACUGUGGCCGCUUCUCAUUCACAGGAAGGACGUGAUCCCGAUCCUGUUUCCCAAGGAGUCUGAAGCACAAGUCACGCCCCAGAUGAUCUUGGAUUGCAUUACGUGGCCUUCAUCUAUAACCGUCAUGCUCGAGAGGAGCUACAGAUCAGUAGAAGAGGAGGAGUCUGACGUCUGGGAUGUAUGUCGAGUGUCUGGCUACUUGAAAUCCUUCAUCGAGAGUGCGUCUCAAGCUGAGCUGAAGAACCUCAUAAAGUUCUGGACGGGGUGGGAGGUGCCAGCCGCGGAGAUGAAGGUAGAAAUAGUGGAGGCCACGCUUCCCACAGCUCUAACUUGCUUCGAGAAGCUGAGGCUGCCAAGACAUUACACAGCAUUCAAAACGUUUCAGAGGGAUUUGUGUGCGUGCAUACUACACCACUACAGUUUUGGCUCUGACUAAACUGGAGUCAUGUUCACUUUAAAUGUCUGCAGACUAAACUCAUGUGGGCGACUGUUAUAUAUGUAAAAUAAAAAUUAGUUUGAUCA